UAAAAUCCCAGGAAAAUCCCACCACCUCCCCACGCCUCCAAUCGCAAGAAAAAUUCAAUUGCGAUCUUCUUUGCGUCAAAGUAAAGAGCUCCAAAACCUUCUCAUUCUGAAUCAAAAGCCGAGAAGAGAAAAAAUCCCGAUACUCGAAGGAUCUGAAGAAAUUCGGCGCCAUGAAUAUCUUCAGAUUCGCCGGCGAUAUGACGCAUUUGAUCAGCAUUUUAGUCCUCCUCCUCAAGAUUUACGCCACCAAAUCGUGUUCAGGGAUUUCCUUGAAGACUCAGGAAUUGUACGCACUUGUCUUCUUGGCUCGGUACCUCGAUCUGUUCACCGAUUUCAUUUCAGUGUAUAACACGGUUAUGAAAGUGGUGUUCAUUGGAAGCUCUCUGGCAAUUGUCUGGUGCAUGAGGUUUCACCGAGCUGUGAGGCGGUCAUAUGACCGUGAGGUGGAUACAUUUCGGCACUAUUUUCUUGUGGGGAUCUGUUUUCUUGUGGCAUUGUUUGUUCACGAGAAGUUCACAUUUCAGGAGAUAUUUUGGGCAUUUUCAAUAUAUUUGGAGGCAGUUUCAAUUCUACCACAGUUGGUCCUAUUGCAAAGAAGUGGAAACGUGGACAACCUGACUGGACAAUAUGUUUUCUUCCUUGGAGCCUAUCGUGCCUUUUACAUCCUCAACUGGAUAUACCGCUAUUUCACAGAGGAUCAUUUCACUCGGUGGAUCUCCGUUGUCUCUGGCUUGGUCCAAACAGCUCUGUAUGCAGACUUCUUCUACUAUUAUUUUAUCAGCUGGAAAAAUAACGUAAAACUGAAGUUGCCUGCCUGAGAUAAUGUGAUUAGACUGGUUGAUAGAUAGAGGGAAUAUGAAUUGCUCGGCCAGUGGAUGUUCUAUUUAUCCGUAGCUGAGGAAAGUUUCUGCAAUUUGAUGGUUAAGAAGGAAAAGUUUAAAUUACCAUAUCAUAACUGCUUAUUUACAUUAAAAGUAGAAAGGAAAAUAGGGGAGAAGAAGGAAAAGAAAGAAAAGAAGAAAAGUAAGGGCAUGUUGAUAUUAUAUGUAAUGUUGAAAAACUUGUUUAAACUUGCUCGAGCUUGUAGUUCAUGUAGUUUGUUUGUAAGCGUUGAUGGUAAUUGGAAGAGCAAGUAUCGUGCUAAUUGGAGAAGAGUUUUUUGCUUCAUAUGUUUGCCGCUCUAUGUUUGUUAUUUUUGCAGUAGUGGAAUGUGAGAUAAAGAUCAUAAUAAGGUUAUAAUUUCCUUUUCCAAAAUGCAUCAACAAUUUCCUGACU